AUGAGUUUGGCACAAGCAUUUUUCAAAGUACAAUCUCUUCGAAUUCAAACACUUAUUCAACCUUUUGUUUCACAUCUUGAUAUUUCUGAUGAAACUGAUCAAUGGAUUCAAACUUAUUUACGAGAUCUAUUUGCUGAACAAAAUAUUGUUACACUUCAUUUACAAAAUAAACAUAUCGCUGUUGUCAGUAAAUAUUUAUUAUCGAUUGAUAUUCAAUCUAUGCAUGUAGUUAGUUCAGAUUGGACUACUGAUAUAUUAAAAGAAGAAAUUGGUCAUCUUCGUCAAAGUUUAAAAUAG